GCAGCGGGAGGAGGAGUGAGGACCACCAGCUGGCGGGGGCGAGUCAGUCAGGGACGUAAACAAAAGGUGAUGAUCUCUAGCUUGCCAGUUGCUUCCCUCUGCCACUCCCUCUUUCAGUUGGAAGUCAUCAGUUGAGCCACAGCAUGAGACCAGCUGUCUACAAGACCUUGAGACAAACAAGAUGAAGGCCGGCGAUGUGUGUCGCUGUAUCACUGAUUUUUCUGGAGUGUUGGAAGAUGAGAUAACAGUGUAUAAAAAUGAUAUGGUGCAGAUACACUCAGUGGUGGACCGACACUGGCUGGAGGCCCAGGGAGGCGGGUCAGUUGGUCGUGUCCCCUCAAGUGUGUUGGUCAAGACAGAGAUACCCCCUCACCCACCACACCUUCCUCUGUUUGUAGCUUCGGCAGAGUUCAUGCCGUCACAACCUGGUGAUCUUGGCAUGGCCAGAGGGGAUUUUAUCAUUGGUUUAAACCCUAUUGAUGAAUCCUGGUGGUGCGGUGAAAUCAACGGCAAGAAAGGUAUAUUCCCCCUCAACUUUGUAUGGAGAAUCAACAAGGAUAUCAUUGAGGUAGAAGACACAGCUGAAAAACCUGUCAGGAUGAAGGGGAAAGUAAACAUGAGUAUUCGUGCACAAUUUCCAGAAGAGCUGGACUUGUAUGCCGGUGAUAUAGUAAACAUCACACAUGUGGUGGACAAAGAUUGGUACAGAGGAGAGAGCAAUGGGGCAACAGGCACCUUUCCAAGUAGUUUUGUGGAUAUUAUAGAGGAAACUUCAGUGCCUUUCUCAUCUGCUGUGUAUCCAGAUGAGAGUAACCACGUAGCAUCAAGUAGUACAGCAGAACCUGGCCUGAGUGUUGAUUGUGUGCUGCAGGAGAAUACAUACAUUAAUGAUACUCCUUCAUUGUCAACCCCAGAAGCUCCUGUGCCUAGUGUGGAAGAUGUCACUCCUGCCAAAGAUCAUUCCACAUUUAGUUCAAAUGUUGGUUCUACUGCCUCACCUUCUCAGUCAGGACAAAUUUUUGAUGAGCCAGUAAUUCUGUCCAAAACUUCAUCUCGUUGGAAAACUGUAGAAAGUGAUGAUAAUGCUGACAUUUUUGAAGAUGACUACUUUAAGCAAAAUAUGCCUGGUGUGUUUUCUUCCUCCAGCGGGACUGGAAAUGUGUCAUUGAAUAAUGCCAGUAGCUUUACUACUCCCUCUAUAAGUCAAGCCAGUGCCUCGCCUUCCUCUCCCAACCAAAGUCUUAGGUAUGGAAAUAUUCCCGAACCCUCAGUCCUUCCAGAUAAGUCGUACCACGAUAAGUUAUUAUUUCCAAAUGGAGUAUCACAGUUUUCAGAUACAGAUUUACAGAAUAGAAGUGAUGUAAAACAUAGAUAUGAGAGUAUUUUGCAAGAUAAUACAGAUUCCUCUAAAAGUGGGUACAUCCAGUCAAUCACAGAUGAUGCUGGUGUUCUUGGGAAUGACCCUGAACCAAGUGCCUUUACAAGUGUCCAAGAAAUAAGAGAUGACAGUGUGCUCAACUCAUUAUCACAGAAAGUGGAUGACUAUUUUUCCAAAAAUCUUUUGGAAGAGAGUGGUAAAAGUAAAGCCUUGCCUGCUAACAAUAACCACUUAAUUAAAGAUUACAAUUCUCUGUCUUCUCCUGGCUACAAUGAGGACAACACGGGUAUAGAACCUUAUGGCCGGGCAUUAUUUUCCUUCAGGGCUCAGUAUCCUAAUGAACUAACAUUUAGGAAAGGAGAUAUUAUUCAUCUCUUGAAACACGUAGAUUCUCAUUGGACUUUAGGUCGUGUUGGAGAUUCUAAAGGCAUAUUCCCUACUUCAUAUGUUGAUAUCAUUGUAGAUUGUCUUCACAAUGAAGAGGAAUUAUUUUUAGCCAGACCUGCAGCAAUUUUACAGGCAACACAUUUGGGCCAUGCUAAAGCCAUGUAUAGUUUCCAAGCUGUGGAGUCUGGAGAUGUGUCCAUGAUGAAAGGAGACAUACUAAAAAUACUGAAAUAUGUAGAUAACAACUGGGUCAUUGUAGAAAACAUGACUGGCUCUAGGGGGAUGUGCCCCCAAAAUUAUCUAUCCAUUCAGGUAGAAGAAAGUCCAGAUGUAUCUAAGGAACUUGAUACCCAACAGAUGAACUUGGGUCCAGGUGCAGAUACUGAACGAGAAUCAAGGCUGCCCGUUCAGGACGCUGUCCAUGAUCGAUCGAGGAGCACCUCUCCAUUCAGCACUUCUGGAAAGAGGCGAUCUUAUAACAAGGCUGAUUUUGGAUCAAUCAAGAAACAAGAUGUUGAACCUGUAUUGGCUAAGAAUGUGGCAUCUUUAGAUGUUACCUUAAGGUGUAGUCAGGUUGUUCAGUUUGACAAGAAAGGCAGUGAAAGUAUCUUCACAGAAAGGGAGGACAAUCCAGAAACAAGUGACCAACCUAUUGCUAGAGAAGGAUCAUUGAAAUUUUCACCUGCAGCAGCAAUUCCAUCUAAACUGAACAAAAUAUCCAUGUUAUCCACUGAUACUAGCAUGCUGGCAGGUUUUCAGGAUUCUGAAAAAGAGUCUACCCAAGUCACACAACCUUAUGCUGCCACUAUGUCAUCAGUUGCAGGCAGGAUUCACAAAACAUCAACUUCUACCACACCCACAACAUCUCAACCUCCAGUUGCAUCUCCAAGGUCUGUGAAUAUACCUCAAAUUCCUCCAAGAAAAAAAAUCAGCAGAAGUUACUCCUCAGAAUCUAAUACUUGUCCCACAAACACAGUGGCAACAAUCAAUGUGGAAACUGAAACAGAAGGAGCAGCAGCAGUAGCUAAACCCCUUCAAGAAGUUCAGAAGCCCUCUAAACCUUCCAAGCAUCGUGAUUCACUUGAGCCAGUUUAUGCUCAAGUGCAGAAACCUCGAUUGACAGUUAAACCAUCAAAGAUUGUACGCCAGAAAAAGAUUGAAGAAUCUGAAGUACCAAAAGCUUCAGUAACUCGAGGUGAAAGUGCAGCUUUCCCAGAUGACGUCUCCCACAUUUCAUCUGAUAGUGAAGGAACAUACUCAACUGAAAUAAAUAAUGGCAGCUCGUCCCCCGCCUUAGCGCCUCAGCGUCCAGCACCGCCUCCACCACCAAAAGCCUUUGAUAUGUUCUAUGAUGAGGUGGAAGAGUACUAUUCACUGCCACCUGAAGAGUCGGAAAUGGUGAGCCUACAGGAUACAGCUCCCUCAAGCAGUCGUAUGAGGGCUGAGUCAGUAAGAUCAGCUGGUGGUGCUGACAACACUAAUGUGAGUGUGACAGAGGGAGCUCAGAGUGAUGAAGCUUCUGCACUGGAUGUUGAGGCAAAGGCAAAGGUACGGGCAAAUCAACGACUUGAGCUUGUGAAGGAGAUCGUAACUACAGAGCAUGAAUACAUCCACGACCUCGAAGCUCUCAUCCAAGUGAUUAGUCUUGCGCCAUCACAGAAAGAAUCUCAGUCAGUGAAUCUCAACACAAUAAUGGGGAAUAUCUGUCAGGUUGUAGAAGUGGCUAAGAAGUUUUUAUCAGUGUUAGAUAAAGUUGCAUUUGAAACUGAAGAGGAGUUGCUGGUGGGUCGUGUGUUUCUGUUAUGUGCUGAUGAACUCUGUGAAGUUUACAAGGUCUAUUGUUCCAACCACAACAUUGCUGCUGAGCCCCUGUUAAAAAAGUAUGUGGAAGAACCUGAGCCUGCAGCAUUUCUUCACUGGGUUCUGGGUGAACUUCAGCAACAGAAGAUUCAACUGAUGGACAUGAGGUCUGUCCUCAUUAAGCCUGUCCAGAGAGUUCUUAAAUACCCUCUAUUUCUGGAUCGACUAGUGAGUGAGACGCCGCGUGGCCACCCUGACUACACAGAUCUGAUCGAGGCUAAAACGAAGAUGGCAAAUGUUGCAAAGGAAAUCAAUGACUAUACCAAGAGACUUGAUUUAGUUAACAAGUACCGUUUUGAGAGUGAUCAGUCUCUUCACAGUAAGAUGCAGAGGGUUUCCUUACAUUCUGUGGCAAAGAAGUCGGCAAGAAUCUCAACCCUUGUGUCAGAGAUGUUGGGAAUUAUGAAUCAGACAAAAGAUCCAGAUUUUGAUGAAGAAGUUGCAAAGUUUCGAUCCAUGCAGAAAGCAGCAGCGGCAAUGACAAUGAAUGUAGGAGUUGUAGUGCAGAGCAUAAAAGCCAGACACAAGGCUGAGCUGGAGAUUGCUAAGGGACUGGUUGCCACUCUACAUCAAGUAGCAAGAACUCCCGAGAUUGAAGCAAUACAGAAGACAGCAUCAGACUCUUGCAAUAGACUCUUUGAAAUGUUUGACAAUUUUGUGAAGCAUCGUGUCAUCAUGGUGGUGAAGCAACUGUUGUGCCUGUGUGAGGUGCCGGAGCGGCUCAUAAUGAAGAGAAAUGACAAGUUAUUGGACUAUGAUAAUGCACAGUACAAGUUGGACAGGAACAGGGAUCUAACCAGGACCAGAAUUCUGGAGGAGGAGUUGUCACAAGCCAAGGGGACAUAUGAAGCUCUGAAUAUGCAGCUGAUGAUGGAGCUGCCUGUGCUAAUAAACUGUGGGACUGAAGUAAUGGUUCUUGCCACACGGUCAUUUGUUGCUGCUCGUAUGUACCUUCAGGGCCACUUAGCUCAACAGUAUCUCCGUCUGGCUCAGGUUCCUGGGUUAGCAUAUGCUGGAGAAGAAGACAUGUUGGCCCAAUUCCGUAUCAAGUACCUUCAACAAAUGGGAGAGUUUCGACAACUGAGCUUCAUCCCUGUUGACUCCUUGCAGAGGUCCCUGCCUAGACCAAAGCCUCGGGGCCGCAAGAGCCAGGAAAAUCCCUCAGUCAAGAAAGAUGCUCCUGAGUCAGUGAAGAAGAAAGUGUUAGGCAGUUACCCAGUAGAGUUGAUCUAUGUGGUGACUGAGGUCCACACGCCAGCUGAGGUGAUGGAACUGACGCUCUACCCGGGAGACCAUGUUGCCCUCCUCAAGAAUAAAGAUCCUCUGGGCAGGUCGGACCGCUGGUUCAUGGAUGAUGGAGAUAACAAGGGCUUUGCAAGGGCAGCAUUUCUAAGACCCCUCCAAGGACAGGAGAACAGGAUGGGUGUGGUCACAGCUUUACCAUCUGCAACAUCACACACAGUAACACCUACACUACCUGUCCCUGCUCCCACACCCCGGCCAUCCACCCUCCCACGUGCUGCUCCAUCACCGCCCAUACCUGAACGUCCACCACGCUAUGAAGAUCUGUUUCCCACCAGCACAUCUUGUGGUCCUUCACAAUUUACAAGUUUCUCAGCACAGGGACAGCAGGCUCCCCCGCCUCGCUACUCUCCAGGUCAAGCUCCUCAAAGUUCCUUGAAACAAGCUCCUCUGCCAAGUAAACCUGGCUAUCAUGAACAGAUGCCUAGCACUUCUCUUCAUGACUCACAAGUGUCUGAAAGUGUAUAUUACAGCCCACCUUUAGAUAGACAGCAGUCACAUGAAUAUAAUUCUCCUGUUUCUGAAGAUACCAACAUAUAUGAAGAAAUUGACCAGGGUACAGUGAAUAGUGUUGCUGAUCAGGAAGAGGAGGGUAGAGACAGUAGCCCGAUCUAUGAGGUUAUUGAAGACGGUCAGCUGGUUCAAGAUUCUGGUGGCAUGAAUAUCGACAUGCAAGCAGAUCUCCCUGGACUGGCACCAGAGGAACCUCAGUUUUAUUUUGCCCUGUACAACUUUGGUGGUUCUGAUGCCACCCAAUUGAACUUGGUUGCUGGGCAAGUGGUGUUAGUUCUGCAUGCCAAAUCUUCAGACUGGUGGUUUGUUGAAGACCGUAAUGGCAACCAAGGAUAUGUUCCAGCAUCAUACCUCACCAGUUACACUUAAAGUUGCCUUCCCUCACCAAAUUGAGGAUCUGUUCCAUAAUUCAAUUACAGUAAGUUUGUGUUUUUAUCUUGUGUGUAUAUUUUAGAAAAUUUCUGUCUACCAAACCCAGAUGGUACUAUUGAAUAUGAUGAAAGCCGGAGUUUUAUGUUCUGAAGUUAGAAUUGACACCAAUUUCCAUUAAAUUAGGUGUAAACUCCAAGCUGCUACCUGACUCAGAACCGUGUACUGAGAGUAACCAUCCUUGAGCAUGCCAUACUGAAUAGGCCAUUUAGUGUUCUUUUGUUCAUCUUUUAAUAUUUCCUUACAUACAUAUUUUAAUGUUAUAGUAUACAUGUAGUUGUACAUAAGCAGUGUUGUGAAAACCUCACAUAUAAGAAACAUGAAGCCAGUGGUGAUAUUAUUCAAAACUGUUAUUAAAAUUCACGGAAGCAUUUCUGGUAAUCUGUCUAUUUGGUCAGCUGCUGUACAAGUGCCCGAGAAUUAUCUUAUUUUUAUAGUUGAUUGGGGGGAGGGGGGUUGAGAAACAGGGCUGAGAGACUCCUGAGUGCUAGUUCAUUGGACACAUGCAAAUACCAGUAUUGUACUAAUGACAUGUUAAGUCAGAUGUUGUUAAUGAACUGUGAACUGUAAAUGUACAUUAAAUAUCACCAACUGGCAUGGAUGAAGACAAACAACAUAGCUUUUGUAAUUGGGUCUGUACAGUAAUGCUCUAACUAUUCAUUGGAACAUGAACACAGAAUAUGCUAGAAUGUAAAGUUUCUAACAUGCAUAUUAAAAAACGUGUAAAGUAAACUCAGUGAAGAGGAGUCAGCAAAAAUUGUGUUAUCUAAUACCUGAGCUCAGUGACUACAGCAUUACUGCCCAAUGUCUGAAAAAAUGAUGAAUAGGUUAUACAUAUACUCUGAGUCUUUGACAGUGAAGUACUGUACUAUAUUUUACAGCAUAUAAGAUACACCCAUAUUUCAGCAGGGAAUAUUUCAGAAAUUUUUUUUGAAUGUAUCUUAAGCAUUUAAUGUUUACUUCUGCAAACAUAAUUUUUUAUGUAGGUUGUGGCCCAUACACUCAUUCAGCGUCUCGGUUUCCAUGCUUCGUCAUAUGGUUUACCACCUUAAGUUUGUAGCUUCUAGUGUAGCUUAAUACUUUUUUCUCAUUAGUCAUAGUAUUGUUAAAAUGAGGGUAAACUCAGCUGUUUUUAUUAUCUUCCUUACUCGUCAUACUAAGCACUCCAGAAACACUAAAUGGCUAUUGAAUACACUAGUCUUUGCUAUAUACUAACGGAUGGUGUUACGUACUUGCUACUGAGAACAAACGCGCUGCAUCAGCUGUGUCCGUGAUUCCCUAUUACCGUUAUAAUUUUAAGUUACUUUAAAUAUCUAAAUGAUGCUUCCUUAUAAAAAUGGUAAGAGAAGUGUUGCAGAUGCGUGCAAGUGAAGUGGACAGUAAUGCUUAUAGGAUUUCAGAAAUAUUUUCUGAUUAUCAAUGUGGAGUUGGGUGUACCAUUAUGCCAAACAGUUACUAAUCACCUCAAGUUACCAUCAUUAUCAAUUAUAAAUCUAACUUUUAUUUACAAUAAUUCUUUAACUAAUUAAAAGUACAUUAAUCAUAAAGUAUAUAAGAAAACAAUAACAUAUUUUUAAUUUUGGAAAUGGGCUAGCUAGAGUAGCCUACUAGAGAUGACAACUGGGGGAUUCUUUAACCUACUAGAGAUGACAACUGGGGGAUUCAUUAACCUACUAGAGAUGACAACUGGGGGAUUCAUUAACCUACUAGAGAUGACAACUGGGGGAUUCAUUAACCUACGGGAAAUGACAGCUUCACAUGCUGGACGUAAGGUGAUUUUUUGAGACAUUUUAAGAAAAAAAGAAAUGCUUCUUAUUUCCCGUGAAAUACAGUAAGGUUUUACAUAAUUUUUCUUAUGCCUAUUAAGGAAUUAGUAUUUGUACAGUACAGUACAGUAUAUCAUGUGUUUUCGACCUAAUAGUUCUGUUGGACACUCAUUGCCCUUCACGUAAUAAUUGUUUGUUAAUCUACUGAAUCUUUCUUAAACCAUGUUAGAAAAAUAAUCCUAAAGCUUAGCAGAAAUUUUAUGGUAUAAGUAUAGUGUUAGUUUGUUUACCACAUCAGAGUUGAAUUCUUAUUCUCAAGGGCUUUUAUUAAAAAUGGUCAUAUGUGUUGCUUCCAUCAACUACGUGUAUGUACUUGUUCUGCACCCUUGGGUCUGACGGCCUUUGCAACAAUCAUUGACUGAGGCCAUGUUAAUUUGGUAAGGUUGGUACUAAUGAUUAUGCGAUACAUUGUGUAAUCAAUACGAUGUAUUCUGUACUCUGUAUCAUGUAUAGUUAAUUCAAAGAAAAUAACAAGAAUCACCCUUGUAAAUGACUAUUAUUUAGAAUUCUUGGUCUGGUGUGUCAUAUUGUAUAAUGCCAUAAAGGUGCAGAAAAUUUUUUGUUGACAAAAAUGUGUCAUAUUCUUCAGUUAAUGUUUAACUCACAGCUAUUUCUGGAGGGAAAAUUGUGCUAAUUUAGUGUUGUUUCGUGUAAAGAUGUACUUUCAGGAACACAUAACCAGCGAUAAGUGAGGACCCCUUCAUCAUCCCCUGUACUCUGCAAUAGGUUUAUGAUUUUGAUGGCAUGUCCAAAUUCCUCAUUCUAUCAGUCUAUCGUGACUAUUUGUGUAUGUUAAUGCUAUUUUAUUUUUUCAUAAUAGUUUCUAACAGAUUUAUUUCACAGUACAGUAUAUAUAAUUUCUGAUUACAGUAUAGUCUGCAUUUACACGGUCAAUUGAACCCGUAGAGGUCCGCAUAAA